UUCUGCCAAUGCGCAGGCGCGUGACGUUACCCGGAAGCGCCAUGUCGCUGGAGGACCCGUUUUUCGUGGUGAAAGGGGAGGUGCAGAAGGCCACUGCGCGUGCCCGUGGCCUGUUUGACAGGUGGGAGGAGCUACUGCAGGAUGGAACUCAGGUGAGUCGCGACGAGCUGGACUGGAGCACCAACGAGUUGCGCAACUGUCUGCGAGCCAUCGACUGGGACCUGGAGGACCUGAGCGAGACCAUCAGUAUCGUGGAGUCCAAUCCGGGGAAGUUCCGUCUGGGCGAAGAUGAGCUUCGGGAGAGGAGAGGCUUUGUGGAGCAAACCAGGAAGUCCGUGCAGGACAUGAAGGACCGCCUGUCCAGUCCGGCAGCUGUGGCUCAGACGGAGAAGAAGAACAAGGAGGCCCUGCUGGCUGCAUCGGCCCCUGACAGGUCGACGGGUCUGGAGGCCCAUUUGGUGUCGACCAACUCCAGGUACCUCCAAGAUCAGCAGGAACAGCAGCAGCUGAUCAUGCAGGAGCAGGAUGAUAAUCUGGAGUUGGUGUCUGGAAGCAUCCGAGUCCUCAAAGACAUGUCAGGACGUAUUGGAGAUGAACUGGACCAGCAGGCCAUUAUAUUGGGAGACUUUGGUGACGAGAUGGACCAGACGUCGUCUCGCAUGGACUCUGUCCUCAAGAAGCUGGAGAAGGUCUCUCACAUGACCAGCAGUCGUCGCCAGUGGUGCGCCAUCGGCGUGCUGGCGGCAGUCCUCGUUGUCGUCCUCAUCCUCUUCUUCGCUCUCUGAUGCCGGUGACCUUUGAACUCUGGACUGCGCACAUGCCCCGCCCCCCUCUGUUUUGUUGCCUCCCAAACGGCUGGUUGUCGUCGCCGUGGAAACCUCAGUGAAAAGUAGGCGGCGGCCAAUUGGAAAUCAGGGAUGUGUUUUUCCCGCUUUUUGAACGUUGCGAAACAUUUUGAUGUUUCCUUGUUUUAUUUUGAAACUUAAGUUUUUAAAACAACUUUUUUUAUACCUUGGCGAUGUAAUUGCGUUGGCGUAGGACGUCAGCAGCCUCCUGCAGGUUGCUAGGCAGGAUGCUGUUGCUAGGGAGGACGCUGCAGCAGGAAGCACGCUGUUGUUAAGCCCAGCGCUCCUCCUGCUGGAGAACAAUGGUAUUGCUUAAGUGACUUAAUACUGUACAUUUGUAUUUUUUUUUUUGGCUUUUAUUAUUUUGUACAGAAGCUCAUGCUGACAUUUCACAUGUUUUGAGAGAGCGAAAAAUCAACCAAAUGUAUUUUAUCCAAAUUGUACUGCCAAGUUUGAAUGUUUUAAAUGUAAAAAGUGUUUUUUUUUUUUGCUCAGCUGUGUUUUAUAUUAUAUUGAAACGAUGCAGAAUCAUAAAGAAUAAAAAAA